AGUUUGCCAUGUUAUGGCACUUAGUUUUUCUUGCGCAAAAAUUUUGUAGUAUAGUAAAUUCACUGCCGGCGGUCAUUGCGUUCGCGCGCGUGCCACUAGGAUCUGGACUAGAUUAGGUUUUGUGACCUUUGUGUCAAUCAUGGAAGGCAGCAAGCCCACACGCGAAGAGAUUCACUCAGUGGGCCUUCCGUUCAGCAGCCACGGCUACGGCGGUGCCCUAGGCGUUGACAUCAGCUCAUCCGCACCGCAGGCCUCGGCGCCUGCCGCCCUCCAUUUCCACCAGGUACUGGAGACUAUCCACAGCGGCGAUGAACGUGUGGCCCGACCGGCGGCGGAGAUCCCCGUGAGUCCCUCAAAGGUCAUCGACCCCCGGGCCCCGGAUGAGGACUUCUGGAAGGAUAAGCCUAAGAACCCGAAUGAAGGGGUGCUAAGUCAAGUAAUGAGUCGGGCGUCGGAAAUAUACGAGGAUUAUCGGGACCGGGCCGGGGAGGCCAUCGGGGAUCUGCGGGAACGGGCCAGUGGAGUGUGGCAUACCGUCGCCGGGGCGGUGGCUGUAGCGUCCGGGAAAGAACUGACCGGACGGCCUAGUCAGGUCGCCACGCAGCAGGUCCAGGAACCAGGUCUCAUGCCGCAUGGAGAUGUGCGGACACCUGGUGCGGAUGCCAAACAUGGAACGGCUGGAGCGAACAGGGAAAAAUCGAAACUGCUAUCCGCUUGAGCAUCACUUUUAAUUGAUCCACAAUGGCUCUAAUGUCUUAGACUAGUAGCAUAUUAGCGCUAUGCAAAAGUCAACUGUUUUCAGCGAAGCUGAUCGAAACGUUCCAACGGCGGUAAUUAAUCCACUUUCCCAAAAAAAAUUUGAUUGCUCACAGAUCAACAGUGACGUCACCGGCCGUAUUGGCCAAGAUCCAGGGUAUGUAAGCGGCCACGCGCGUGUACUGGCCGCCAGUGCCGGCACCGCAGUCGUCCCCAAAGGAGACGAUGCCCGCCUGAUAAUACGUCUUCUUCACCGGGUCCAGGCAGAUCAGCGGACCGCCACUGUCGCCCUGGCAGGUAUCCUCCC